UAGAGUUCAGUUUCGUGUAAAUUAAACAUUGUUGUAACUUCUGCUGGGUAUUUUGUUGAUAUUAUGUUCUUGUGAGCGUUGGGAAGAAGACGUUUAGUGGCAAUACUGUUUAUAUAUUUUUUGAAAAAUUUUGAAAAUUUGUGCAAGUGCUUGGUGGUUGGAAAUUGUGGAUUUGUGUGUUCUUUUGCUUUACAAAUGCAUGCAACGUGCUGGGGUCGUUAAGAAAAGCGUAAAACUAAGAGCGAAUUGUGGAAGAAAUCACAGAGUUUCUACCGUUUUUACAGGCUUUCAUUGUAUUGGACAAGCUUCAUCAAGAUUGACAAGAUAAAGAAAGAUGGAACAGAUGAACCAGUAAUUUUAUAAAAUCAUGGAUAUUACUUCAUAAUCAGUAAGAAAUCAGUGGAAAAUGAAAACAGUAGCUGCCUCAAAUAUAGAUGAGGAUAAGAAUUGUAUUGAAAAAAUACUGUGAACUACAAAUUAGAGUUAUUGAGUUGUGUUUUGUCCAAAGCAAGUUACCUACUAUAUUAACAAUAAUCUGACAAAGAAAUAGAUGUAGAACAUCUACCUACUUAUACUUAUAAAUGAAGACCAUGAAGUGAAAUUAAAGAAAUACAACAUAUACCUACCGCAUACGAAGUCAACAAAUUAUAAAACAAAAGGUCAACAUACUAGUUAACGAAAAGAACAUUCAAAGAUUUAAUCAAUCGUGAAUCGUUAGUAGUUUAUCAGUUAAUAAUUACAGAAGAAUAUGAUACAAACCACCACAGUAGAUAUACUAACCCAGAAGAAGAAUUAAACAAACAUUAUGUUGAUAACCGUGAAUUAAAAUCGAAAGUUUUGUUAUGUAAUGAAUAAACAAUGACAUUUAUUGAUAUGUGAAUGAAUGUUAUUAGAUACUUCAAUCGUAUUUUUUAUCGAAGAAAAAGUAGAACAUAACUACAAAGAACAUUGAAGUAAUCACGACAAAGUCAACACAGUAUUCGGUGAAAUUGAAGAUGAUAUCUUAUGCAAUGGUAAUACAAAUUAAAUUGUUGUGCCUAUACACAUCAGAAAUAGUAAUGAUAAAAUUGUAAUAGACUUUUUGUGGAUAUUGGAUACGUUUGAAAGCAGUGUUCACGAGGAAUUUGGAAAAAGAAGAGUUAAAAUCUUAUGCAAUAGUGAUAAGGAUUAACUUGCUUUAACUACAAACUGUGAUGAGAGCAAAAAAUCUUUGUAAUAGACCUUUUUAUGCAUAGACCGCAUGUUUGUAAAGGUUAAAUAGGCAAUUUUGAAAUUACGUCAUAUAAUACGUGGACGUAAUAAGAAAUUGGAGAAAAGGCUCUGUUAGAUAAAGCUGCUUUACUAUGAAGAUGUAAUUUAAAAGCUAAUGUGGUAAUGUUGAAGAAAAUUGCUGUCCGGAGUUGUACGUGAAGGAAGAUUGAUCGUCCGUAGAUAGAAUUAUGAUUCCAGGUACAUUUCGAGUGCACCGUGAUGGCGCGACUAAAAACUGACAAUGUGAAGUGGACAGUAGCUUUAGUGUUAGUUGUAUUUAGUCCUAUAGUGUAUUCGCGACCCCAAGUUGAAGUGCCUUCAACUACCCUAAGUGUAGCAAGUAUCCCAACAAAUAACUCCACAGAGACUACUAUAAGGGUUACGAGCGAAUCACUGUCUAAUGAAAAUAAGAAGGACGAUGCAACACCGGCUCUAUCAAAUACCUCAAGAGAAGUUAAAGUCAAAUCACCAGCGAUAGGAGAAUCAAUUAAAAAGGUUACAAUACAGCUACUUGAUAAACCUAAUAAAACUAUUGAAGCAGCAGUUGUGCCUGAUACAAGGAUACCUCCAAAAAUUAAAUCACAAGUUACACAAAAACAGAAACAUAAAACCAGAAAGGAAGAUGAGCAAUCUAUUGAAAAUUCUCAUGUAGGCAUCGCUGUUCCAGUAACAAUGGAAGAAUUAGAAUUGGAAAAUAAAGAAUUGGUACAUGAGUCUUCUACCAAUAGUGAAGGUUUAUCAACAUGGAUUUUACUAAGCAAUCCACCAAACAAAGAAAACACCUCUAUUGCUACAGAGCCAACUAAAACUGAAGACGUUCAAAAGAAACAAAAACCUGUUCUAAAUAAAAAUAAGAAUAAAAAGCCACAAAAUAAGAUACCUGGUGCAAAACGCCCAAUAAUUGGAAGUACAAAUAAAUCAGAUUUAGUAGCUGGUGGAUCUGCAAUAAAUGAAAAUAUUUAUAACAAAAUUAAAGAUACAGUGUUGUCAAAUGUGCAAAAAAAUAAAAAUAUCACACCACGUUCCACUACUCUUAGCAGCACUAGCGUAACACCUUCGACUGAAGCACUUACGACAAAAGCUCUAGUUCCAACAGCCAAAGUAACGUCAAAACCCGCAAAAAAAAGUAAUAAAAAUAAACAAAAAACUUCUACGACCACUACUACCACCUACCUUCCAAUUAUAAGUGAAUCGGCUAUGUUACCAAUGGAACCCAAAGAACAGGAAAUUGAAUUGGAAGUAAGUACACCUGCUACAACUACUAAGAAACCUAAACGAUCAUCAACAAGAAAGAAGACAAAAACAAAGAAACGUAAAACAUCAAAACCUAAGCCUGAAGCUUCAACUGCUGCAUCAACUGAUGUAAAAACUUCGAACAAAACAAAGCCGACUAAAACUUCUAAGAAGCCAACUAGUAUUGCAAGUCCGUUAACAUCUCAAAUUUACAAUUACUUCUCCAGAGAAGUGAUGCCAUCGGUUGGUGUCGGAGUUAUAGGCUUAGCUGGACUAGUAGGCCUUGCUAGUUACUUUUUGUAUCCCUUUGCUACACCAGUGAGACGUACGAUUGAAGUCGAUAAGAAAGAUGACAUUUACAGGCACAAUGCUGAAGAAUAUGGUAGUGAAGGCAAUGGCCAGCCCGAAGAAGAAAUGCUCGGAACCGUUCUCGCUGGAAUGCCAAUUCAUUCGAAACAAAAGUUAAACCCAUAUGUUUCUCAAACAGCGUACGUUAACAGGUAUCCAACUAAAAAGGAUCAAGAUUUAAGGUAUCGCCACGUUGUUACGCCUAGUUAUCCAAACCAUAGUGUUCAUUAUCCUCAACAAAAAACAGGGAUAGCUCAUGGGGCGGUGUAUCCUGACCCAUAUAAUAAUUAUAAUCGCUAUCAAUAUGAAACAAGACAUGCAUAUACAACAGCAGAAAAGAAGAAUGAUAAAACUCAAACGUAUAGUCCAUAUCAAGUAGCGGCUGUUGAACCAAUAUAUGCAGCACCCCAAGCAGGAUCUCCUGAAAUUUCAUCAUACGGUAGCGACUUGUCAAGUUCCGUUGUAUAUGGAGUAAAACCUGCAGAGGAGACAGAUUUUAAGCCCGUCUAUCCUUAUGAUAGCCAGUUUUAUUCUGAAACCACAAGUAGUUCCGUAACAUAUUCUCCCACUUCCAUGUAUUUAGGUUCAAAUAAUGAGGCAGAAGAGACAGAAAGUGACAACUAUGCUGAUGAUAAUAGUGAAGAUACGGAAACUUCAGAUAAUAAAUUUGUCGUUGGUAAUGUACCAAAAGAGCUGACUGAAUCCGCUACGCCAGCAGUUGUACCUGAACAUGGACCUAGGAAAUUAGAAAGAAGACGAAGAAAUAUGCGCCGCAAACGUAAUGUUGUAGGAUCUAUUGAGGAAAUAUUAAAAGCUACCCGAGAAAAGAAUGAAAUAUUUCUUAGUAACGAAAUUGAUGACGGGCUUGAAGUACCUGCCAAAACACCAUCACCAAUCGAGUCUAUGCAAGUGAAGAAUGAAGUAACAAUUACACCAGAGAAUAAAGACGUAUUUACUGUCUACGCAGUAUCCGUUGAUCCAGCUAAAGAAUUCACUCAAACAGAGGAAGCAAGUACAAUAAAAAAUGAUGUAAUAGAAAGUGUAUCUACUCUGCCAGUAGAUGAGAAAAAAGUAACUGAAACAGAAAUAUCCAACGAUGUAGAUGCAACAACUAAAACUUUUAAAGUAUACGAAGUUUUUACAAGCAAACCUGAAAUCAUAACAGAAAAGAGCACUACGAUUGAUGAAAAUAGUAAUACUAAAGCAGAUUUGACUACACAGAUUAAAAACAUGAAUACAGAAACUACUACUGACAUCAGGUCAGAGACUACGUCAACCUUGCUUCCGUCUCCACCACCCGUUUCAGUAAUUACUAGCAGAAGACCAUACAGACCGACGUAUUAUGGUCCAACAUAUAAACCAGAAGUCAUCACAUAUCCCCCUUUACCGUCGAGUGGUGGAGGGUUCUUUGAUUUCCUGAAAAGAGUUGUUGACUUCAAAUUUAGACUUGGUAUGAGCAUUUUGCAAAAUACAUCUGAAUCUCUCAAUAGAUAUUUAAGAAGUAUGGAGGAAUCAGUUAAAAGAGCUGCGAAAGCAUAAUUUUUUUUUAACUGUGUCCAAUAUGAGCAAUUCACGUUUUUUUUCUAAAUUGUUUUACCUUCAACGCGGUGGCAAUCAAUAAAACAUUAAUAUUAUAACCAUCAGCAAUGUACUUUGUAUUUGCAUACAUCUAUCAUACAUACUAUACGAUUGUUAAAUUGUAUAACAAAAGUUUUUGCUAAAAAACUAAUCUUGAAUUAUUACAAGUUUGAUACUUAUUACGUUUUAAACAAUGCAGUGCUUUUCUUACAUAGUUGAAAUUGAAAUACAUAAUAAUCGUUCAUGUUAGAUGAUUGUAAAACAAAGUACAUAAGGACUUUUAGAUUUGUAUAAGAUAUGUUAUGCUCAUAUUUUAAACUUUUUAGUGCAUUUAUUACUUUAUAAUGUUAUUAAUAUAAAGGCUCCCACAUGCUUAAAAUAUCCUGUAAACUCGAAUUUUCGACAGGUAUACCUGUUUGUAACGUAAGUCUAAUGUGUGAGUCCAUGUUUAUAUUUUUUAACUUUUUCUAUAGUAUAUUUUCAGAAUGUUAUCCUCGAUCAAAAUUCUUGAGGGAAGCCUACUGAAUCUAUAUUGUGAUAUCAUAUUUAUUUUUAAGGAUUUUACGAAGAUUUUUACAAUGAAAUUAUUUUAUGAAAUUAUUUUUAAAGGUCUUACCUACCUAGUUAUAUUUUUGUACGUCAUAUAAGUAAUGUAUAAGCAGAUCAUACACAAGUAUUAGGUAUGUUAUAUUAUUAUUUUGACACAACACUUUUAGAAAUAAAUAAAAG